GCCAUUCCAAAUCUUGUCAGUCAUGACCAGUCGGGAUAAAUCAAGGGAAAUAUACCUGGUUAUCCAUUGCCAAUUUUAAUUUUGGGUAUCUUACGGGCAGGGAUAUCUCAGUCGUUAUCAGAUUGGUCGAUCCAUCCACAUCAAUCCCAGUGGUAUCAAUAGAUCGCAGUCUUGAAUCUAUAGAAGCGCCUAAAGUAAUGCAUCAUUGCUAUAUCUACCGACACUUCAAGGUACAGUCGUCAUCUGAGGUUAUAUUUAAGGUCAAUAUGACGUCCGUGGUGAACGUCAUGCUAACGUCCGAGGAUGUCGUCGUCACGGACAAUAUAAGAUUGCUUUUCAUUUUAAUUUCUCGGCAUGGCCACUAUCAUCGCAGGCGGGUUACACAAGGCUCAAGAGGUCGUGAAGAACAGCGCCUCCAAGAACAAGAAAAACGUCGAUCUCGAGCGUGACACGGUCAAUGUGCAGACGAAACAAUGCCAAACAGCGGACCAUGGCGUGAACAUCUCUAACCCAGAUAACUGGUUGAAAGGGGUUGCUCCGAACCGAACGGGUGCGUCAUUGCUGGAAGAUCAGAUUGCAAGGGAAAAGAUACAUCGAUUCGACCAUGAACGCAUCCCCGAGCGGGUCGUCCAUGCCCGAGGCACUGGGGCAUUUGGCAACUUCACGCUCUAUGAAAGCAUAGAGGAGUUAACUCACGCAGGCGUGUUGACCGACACAUCGCGGAAUACACCUGUAUUUGUACGCUUCUCUACUGUUCAAGGAAGUCGAGGCAGUGCCGACACAGUUCGAGAUGUCAGAGGGUUUGCUGUCAAGUUCUAUACCGAUGAAGGAAUAUGGGACCUGGUCGGGAACAACAUUCCCGUCUUUUUUGUUCAGGAGGCAAUCAAGUUCCCGGAUUUCGUCCACGCCGUCAAACCGGAACCUCACAACGAAGUUCCCCAGGGCCAAUCAGCCCAUAACAACUUCUGGGAUUUUGUCUACCUGCACCCGGAAGCCACCCAUAUGGUGAUGUGGGUGAUGUCUGACCGUGCCAUUCCACGCUCAUUUCGUAUGAUGCAGGGCUUCGGGGUCAACACGUUUGUCCUAGUGAACAAGGACGGGAAACGGCAUUUUGUCAAGUUCCAUUGGAUCCCGAAGUUGGGCGUGCACUCGCUCGUAUGGGAUGAGGCGCUCAAGUUGGCUGGCCAAGAUCCGGAUUUCCACCGCAAGGACCUCAUGGAAGCGAUCGACAAUAAGGUGUACCCGAAAUGGGACUUGGGGAUCCAAGUCAUCCCAGAGGAAAAGCAGGAUGACUUCGAGUUCGACAUCCUCGACGCAACCAAAGUGUGGCCGGAAGAUCUGGUACCUCUUCGGAUUAUCGGCCAGUUGGAGCUGAAUCGUAAUAUCGACGAGUUCUUCCCCCAGACGGAGCAGGUGGCCUUUUGCACAAGCCAUGUUGUCCCCGGGAUUGAUUUCUCUGAUGACCCGUUACUGCAGGGGAGGAACUUUUCCUAUUUCGACACGCAAAUCAGCCGGCUAGGGAUCAAUUGGGAGGAGCUCCCCAUCAACCGUCCCGUCUGCCCGAUGAUGAACCACAACCGUGAUGGGGCGAUGCGCCAUCGGAUCACACAGGGGACGGUGAAUUACUGGCCAAACCGCUUCGAGGCGCUUCCACCUGCCACGCCCGACGAAGGGCCAUUCACUACAUACCCGCAGACUACCGGGGACGCCGGGCUCGUGAAGAAGCGCUCGCUGAGCGACAAGUUCCGCGAGCACCACAGCCAGGCGCAGCUUUUCUUCAACUCCAUGUCCGCACACGAAAGAAACCACAUGGUCAAGGCGCUUGGCUUUGAGCUCGACCACUGCGACGACCCAACCGUCUACGAACGGCUGGCGGGCCACCGCCUGGUCGAGAUCGACCUGGGCCUCGCGCAGAAAGUCGCCGAGAUCGUCGGCGCGCCCAUCCCCAGCAAGGCCCUCCGGCCAAAUCACGGCCGGCGCGCACCCCGCCUCUCGCAGGAAGAGUUCAUGCCAACCACCCCGACCAUCGAGGGCAGACGCAUCGCCAUCCUCAUCGGCGACGGGUUCGACUCAGCGGCCUUCUACGGGAUGAAGGCCGCGAUUAAAGCCGCCGGCGCGCUGCCAGUGGUCGUCGGGACGAAACGGUCCCCGAUCUUCGCCGAGGGGGGCGCGUCCCCGUCCUCUUCUCCCAUAUCCAAGAAGGGCGUCGUCCCGGACCACCAGUACAACGGGGUCCGCUCGACCCUGUUCGACGCCACCUUCAUCCCCGGCGGUCCUCACAUCCAGACUCUAAUUAAGAACGGUCAGUUCCGGUACUGGAUCGCCGAGACGUUUGGACAUCUGAAAACCCUGGGCGGGACCGGCGAGGCCGCCGACCUGCUGAAACAUGUGCUAGGCUCCGAAGUCGACGUCAAGGUCGCCGCGCCGACAGACACAGCCCCCGUCGAAUGGUAUGGCGUCGUCACCGCCGGUGGUCGGCAGAGGGCAGAGAGUUUCGGCCAAGGGUUCGAGAUUCUCCGGGGGGCGCGCGAUUUCGUCAGCCUGUUCUUCUCGCAGAUUGCGCAGCAUCGUAGCUGGAAGAGGGAGUUGGACGGUCUGGCGGCAAGCGUUACUUUCUAG